UUAUCCUUAUUUAUUUAUUUUUUUCUCUCCCAAAAUUAAAGCCAAACGAACUUGAACAAAAUAGAAGAUAAAAAGAGAGAGAGAGAGAGAGAGAGAGAAGAAAAUUAGGGUUCUUAAUCACCCAAUUGUUUUCAGAAAAAUCUGUCCUUGUUUUUUUUUCAUCGGAAGCUAUGGAAUCUGAUUCGAUCAGCAACGCUUCUCCUCUUUCAGCAUCUAACUGCAAAGAUAUCUCCAGGAAGAAGAGAAGGUCUGCAAAAUUGAAGCAGUGCAAACUCGAUGCUCGCCGAGAGCAAUGGCUUUCUCAAAGUGCGGUGAAGAACAAGGUUUGUUGCAAGGAGGGGACCAAGGAUGUGGAUUCGAAGCGAACCCCGCCGGGUGAAAGAGACCGUUCCUUGGAGAAUUUUGAGAUGAGGAGAGCUGCUGAGGCUAACGGAGAGGGAGAAAAUGUAUCUGUUCAACACGAGAGUGAUUCUGAGUCUUCACCUCUGAAUAGCCACACGAGCAGCGGCCUGCUGGGGGGAAUGGAUUCUGGGACAAGCUUCGCCAAUAGCAGCAGCGGUAGCAGCACGAGUAGUGGCGGAUGCUGUUCCGGUAAUGUCACGGAAGAAGAAGAAGGCGACGAUGGGUGCUUGGAUGAUUGGGAGGCCGUUGCUGAUGCAUUGGCUGCGGAUGAUGACAAGCAGGAAACGGAUCCCAGCGAGAAUAACAAUGAAAACCUUUGUUUAGGAUCGACCCCUGGACAUGAGCCAAAUCCCCAGUUUGGCUCGGAAGGGGAAGGAUCAGAUUUGAGAGGCUCCAAACCUGAGUGUCCAAGAAUGGUGCAGAGGGCAGAAGGGAGUACCAGGGCAUGGAGGGCAGAUGAUACUUAUCGUCCGCAUACUCUUCCUAAUUUGUCAAAGCAACGGAGUUUUCCAGCUACUGACUGGCGUUUUGGUCAAGGAAGGGUACCAUGGGUGCGAAGCAGUGCAAUUUCAGUGCCAUCAUCAUGUCCAAUAUGCUAUGAGGAUUUGGAUCUAACGGACUCAAGUUUUAUGCCCUGUUCGUGUGGUUUCCGGCUCUGUCUCUUCUGCCACAAGAGAAUUCUUGAGGAAGAUGGACGUUGUCCUGGUUGCAGGAAGCCAUAUGAGCGUGAUCCUGUGGAGGCUGAAGCUAGUGUUCAAGGAGGCAGUCUGACAUUUAGGAUGUUGGCUCGUUCUUGUAGCAUGGUUGCAAGGUCUUAGAAGCAGUCUCUGUUUUUCAUGAAUUAUGUAUGUUGGAUUACUCUUUUCUUUGCUCCCACUUUAUUGUGUGUUUUGUUAGUAGUAGACUCUGGGUUCCGUAGAUUUAGUUGUGAGUAUAAUAGCAUUAUCUCUUUUGGCAGCCGGGACUUGAGCUAUGUUUCUUUGAGUUUGGUUCUUAUCUGUUUGGUGCAUGAGUUGAUGUAGAGUACUCAUCUUGGCAUGUGAAUAGAUAAGGUGGUAUAGAAAUUCAAUACAUAAAGAGUAUCAUAAUAAAUUAUGUGCCUCACAGUGUAUCCAAACUUCUAUAUUGAAGUUCUGAAUUUCAUUUGAUUAUGCUUUUAAUAUCUAGUAAAUAUGAGUAUUCUGUUUUGUUGGUA